AUGGGAGCUGCGCUCUCCAUCCCCUUCCUGGCCCUGCCCAGUGUGGGCACCCUUGCCACCUUCGCCGCCUCGUGCUGCGGCGCCGCAACAUGCUCGGCCGUUUGCAGCGCCUGCGGCAAGUGCCAGAACAGCAUGGCCACCCGCAUCGCCUACGCGCUCAUCUUGCUGGUCAACUCGAUCGUGUCGUGGAUCAUGCUCACCGACUGGGCCAUCAAAAAGCUGCAGCACCUCACCCUUGACUACAUGGACUUCAAGUGCGGCGGCAACGAGUGCUAUGGAUACGUUGCUGUGCAUCGCAUCAACUUCGCGUUGGGCUUCUUCCACGCUAUCUUGGCCAUCAUUUUGCUUGGCGUUAGGUCAUCCAAGGACGGCCGUGCGCCUAUCCAAAACGGCUACUGGGGCCCCAAGAUCAUCGCCUGGCUGGGGCUCAUCGUCAUCAGCUUCCUCAUUCCGGAGGGCUUUUUUGUCUCUUGGGGCAGCUACCUCUCCCUCAUCGGCGCCAUUUUGUUUCUGCUGCUCGGUCUUGUUCUGCUGGUUGACUUGGCCCACAACUGGGCCGAGUACUGCCAGGACAAGAUCGAGACCACCGGCUCCAGGGUGUGGACCUGGAUGCUGAUUAGCUCGACCGCCUGCAUGUAUGUCGCUUCGCUUGCCAUGACUGUUGUCAUGUACGUCUUCUUUGCUCGCGGAAAUUGCUCCAUGAACCAGGCUGCUAUCACUAUCAACUUGAUUCUGCUCCUCCUAGCGUCGAUCAUCUCCGUCCAUCCGAUCGUACAGGAUGUCAACCCUCGCGCAGGCCUCGCGCAGUCGGCCAUGGUCGCCAUCUACUGCACCUACUUGACCAUGUCGGCCGUCGGCAUGGAGCCGGACGACCACCAAUGCAACCCGCUUAUCCGCGCACGGGGCACCAGACGAGCCAGCGUUGUUAUUGGGGCUAUUGUUACUUUCGUGACGGUUGCCUACACAACCACCCGUGCCGCAACCUACGGUCUGGCGCUUGGCGCCCAGGGCAAUCCCUAUUCUAGCCUUCCCACCGAGGACUACGAGCACGGCCUCGUCGACCAGCAGCCCGAGAGCCGGCGGGAAAUGCGCCAGGCGGCCCUGCGCGCCGCCGUCGAGAGCGGCAGUCUGCCCGCUAGCGCCCUGGACGACGAUUCCGACGACGAGUCGGACGACGGCAACCACGCCCGCGACGAUGAGCGCAACUCGACGCAGUACAACUACUCGCUCUUCCACAUCAUCUUCCUGCUGGCCACGGCCUGGGUCGCCACGCUCCUGACGAUGAAUUUCGACCCUACCGCCGAGAAUGAUGGGUUCGUUGCGGUUGGCCGCACGUACUGGGCAAGUUGGGCAAAGAUCCUGAGUGCUUGGGCGUGCUAUGGAAUCUACAUUUGGAGCUUGGUGGCCCCGGUCGUUCUGCCGGAGAGGUUUGAUUAUUAA